AUUCAAACUGUAAUGGCGUUUUCUGCAUUCAACGGAACCUUGGGUUGCGCCGUAUACGAUCCGGUAAUUUGCAAGAUUAAUCUUGUGGAAGAUUUGCAAAAUGUCAUUCUGGCAUUGGAGAUAUAUGGAAUUGCAAAUACAAUGGUCCUCGAUAGUCAAACUGCUCAAGCUCUCGGCAUCUUCGACCGUGAAAGUCACGCUUCCGUCUACCAGGCCCGUACGAAGGAGGGGUUUUCGCUUCUCUCCUUGCUGAGCGCAGAAAUUUCUCGUCCAGCAAAACAAAUGAUGUCACAGUGGCUCACUUUUCCCAGCGUAAACAUUGAUCUGAUCAAUUCGCGCUUGGAUGCGGUUGAUCUAUUCACCAGAAUCCAGGCUUCGUCAACUACUGAACAGUUGAAAAAGCACGUCAAAGGUAUCAAAAACAUAUACGCAUUGGCAUCAUCGUUGAUCAGUGACAAAGCCACCGUCAAUACUUGGAAAGGUAUCACUGAAUUUGCAAGGAAUGCAAUUCAAAUCGGACUUACCUGUCAAUCUCUUUCAUCAUCAAAGGGAGAUGUUGCAAUUUUUGAAAAGGUAUCAGCAGCCUUUGACCAUGACAAGUUGACAUUCGUUCAUGAAACAAUUGAUGCGAUCAUUGAUUGGAAAGAGAGCGAAUUUACCCAACGGGUAUCUGUUAAACAUGGCCUAGACGCAGAAUUGGAUGAAUAUCGUCAAACGUAUAAGAACCUUUCUGGAAUGAUGGAGAAAGUUACGCAAACAUUUGUGGCCGAUUUGGAGAUGGAAUUCAUGGAGAUGUACGACGUAGCGACAGAAUAUUACCCACAAAUUGGUUUCGUCACCUCUCUGCAUCGCAAAGAUAACUUUGCAAUCGAUCAGACCACCGUGAUGGCAGGUCAAAGCCAAGGAUGGACGUAUCAAUACGGUAGCGAAGUCAAAGCGUUCUUCAAAAGCGAAUUUGCGAGAGAAUUAGAUACAAACAUUGGAGACGUCCACUCUUUCAUUUCUGGCAGGGAAAUUGAGAUUAUUGCAGAGGUACAAGCAGCCAUUGUUCAGCAUGUGCCCACUCUCACCGCGUGUGGCGAUGUCAUUGCCGAAUUGGAGUGUCUCUUGGCUUUCGCAGCUGUUGCAAUGCAAAGAAGCUAUAGUCGUCCAAAAUUGGUGAGCGAGCCUAUGCUUAGAAUUAAGAAUGGACGUCAUCCGCUGCAAGAGCUCAUUGUGGAGACAUACGUACCGAACGACUGCGCUUUGAGUGGAGGGAAAGGCGUAAAAGAGGAUGGAAUGAUAGCAGCUGGUUCUGGUGGUGAUGACAAUAGUAUCAUGAUCAUCACUGGAGCUAAUGCUUGUGGAAAAUCAACCUUCCUGAAACAAUUGGCCUUGAUCGUGAUUAUGGCCCACAUUGGUUGCUAUGUUCCUGCCGAUUCUGCUCGUAUUGGAUUGGUCGACAAGAUUUUCACACGUAUGCAAGUUGAUGAAUCUAUCAAUUCGAGCAAGGGAAGUUUCCAAACGGAUAUGGAGCAAGUUGCCAAUGCACUGAAUCGUUCAACGUCUCAUUCGCUCUUGUUGUUCGAUGAAAUGUGCAAGGGCACUUUGGCAACAGAUGGAGUUGCUUUAUUUGCAGCCACAAUUCGUCAUCUUUUACGAAGAGGCGAAGGAUGCCCUCGCACAGUUGCUGUAACACAUUUUCAUGAAGUCUUUCAUGAGAGUCUAUUGGGACCUUCAAUGCCAAUCACGCCGGCACACAUGCAAAUCAUUCUCGACUCAAGCUUCGAUAAGAAUGAAGGAAUUGACGAUGAAGAGGAUGCGGAGCAAAGCAUCGUCUUUUUGUACAAGCUUCGAUCUGGACUCGAGCUGCAUUCGCACGCUGCUCAAUGUGCAAGAAUUUGCGGAAUUCGUCAAGACGUGAUCGCUCGUGCAAUUCAUGUAAGUAAAAAAUCACAAGAUCAUGAUUUGAAAGCGUUGGAAUUGAGUAUUAUUGAAGAUUUGGCAGAAGAUUCUGCGGAUGAAGGCAAAACAUCAACAAACGCUUAUACUUUACGACAGAAAGAGCAAGUCUUACGAGCUUUUACUGCUUGGAAUAUUGAUGCUGAUCGACAACAAGCGGCGGAUGAAGGAGAGAUGGCAUUCUUGGACCCUGCAGUGAAACUUCAAGGGAUCUUGAAUACGCCGAAGAUGAUUCACACUACCUCAAUUGGUUCUCCGUCAGAGUCAAUGAUGAGCACGUGAAGCGGGACAAAUGUUUGAUGAUGGGUGUCAAUU